AUGGCACCCACUGCUUCUUGCGCCUGUCUCAGGACCGCUGAUCAGUCAAUGCCGGACCUGGAGCCUGCCAUGUUCCCGCAGUUCGAUCUGGCUGAGGUGACACGUUCUGAGUACCUGGGAUAUGCCUCCCAGAUAGAUCACGUUGCAUCUGACGAUCUGAGCGACACGUGCAUUGCUCUUUGGGCAACAUGGGCGAUCCUUCUUGGCUGCUUCACCGGGAUGGACAAUGUGUGCUUCGGCUUUGACAGUCAGCACAACGUUACCGAAACGUCGGGCCCUGCAGAGCGCAUGAGGCAAGCUGUGCAUGUUCGUUUGCCUGCCAAUCAGCGUGUCGAGGAUAUUCUCACCGGCAGAUUUUCAUCGCUGGUUCUGGUACGCGACAACAAGGCCAAAACACUAUUCAACACUUUUCUAUCAAUUCAGAGCCCCGACCAUGAGCCUAGCAACGACGCCGGAGACUUUCCUUCGUGGUGCAAGAUUCGCAUGACGAUAGAUCCUGUGACGCUCUACACUGUCUUGACAUGGAACCCUUCCUUCAUGAGCCGAGAUCAAGCAGAGAACGUCAGCAGCACCUUCGAGAAGAUUUUCAGGGAAAUAAUCAACCGCCCUGAGACUCUCGUGUCAAAGAUAAACUGGUCCAGUGAGCGAAAUGAGCGACAGGUCUUGGCCUGGAACAGCAACCCUAUAAGAGAUGUGCACAAGUGCAUCCACCAAGCCGUGUCAAUGCAGGGAGCGUUGAGACCCGAUGCAGAGGCCGUUUGCGCUUGGGAUGGAAGUCUUUCCUACCAGCAGGUCUUGUCACUAUCAGACCGUCUGGCCUGUCGUCUGAAAGCCUCAGGCAUUGGACCUGAAGUGUUUGUGCCCCUCUGCUUCGACAAGUCCAAAUGGGUUGUUGUUUCCAUGCUGGCAGUCCUCAAAGCAGGCGGCAUCUUUGUACCCCUCGACCCUGCGCAACCACUGCUUCGUCUACAAUCUCUCGCGCAAAAGGUGCAAGCCAAGACUAUCUUGUGUUCCCCUCAACACCAAUGCAUGCUAGAGAGUGUAGCGCCCGAGUUGAUCCCCGUCGAUGAUCAACUAUUUACCGAACUACCUGAGAAUAGUGGCGAGGUCGACUGCGGAUCGUGGCGCAACGGAGCCUAUAUGAUAUUCACAAGUGGCACAACGGGUGAGCCCAAAGGCGCCCUCAUCGAGCAUGGAGCCCUCAUGUCGAGUGCACUCGCUCACGGUCCUGCAAUGAUGAUGGACUCCAACACGCGAUCGUUCCAAUUCGCUGCGUCUACCUUUGACGUGAGCAUCACCGAGAUCCUGACCUGCAUGAUCUUGGGUGGAUGUGUCUGCAUACCCAGCGAAGACGAUCGACUCAAUGCAGUUGAGGAGGCCAUCACGCAGCUCCGAGCAAACUGGGCGCUGUUAACUCCGACAUUCGUCAAGUUCAUCAACCCCGCCAAUGUCCCGACCUUGAAGACACUCGUCACUGGUGGAGAGGCCAUGACGCAGGCUGUCAUCCGCUCGUGGUCGCACAUCAACCUCAUCAACUGCUACGGCCCUGCAGAGACGUCUGUUGUUUCGCACGUCCACCGAGGCAUGGUGCAAGGGACCAAUCCUCUUAAUAUUGGCCACCAGGUCGGCAUACACUGCUGGAUUGUGGAUCGGGACAAUCACGACCGUCUCAUGCCCGUUGGUGCAGUGGGCGAGUUAGUCAUUGAAGGCCAUACUCUUGCACGCGAGUACUAUAAGGAGCCCAAGAAGACGAGCGAAGCCUUUAUUGAAGAUCCCUCAUGGGUAAGAGACCAAUCACCGCGGACGGGCUCUAGACGAAUGUACAAGACGGGUGAUCUCGUCAAGUACAAUCACGAUGGGACUUUUCAUAUUGCCGGCCGCAAAGACGCGCAGAUCAAAUUUCACGGGCAACGCAUCGAACUCGGAGAGAUAGAGCAUCACAUCAAUGCCAGCGCCAGCAUCAAGCACGGCAUAGUCGUCCUGCCGAGAGAAGGCUUCUGCAAUGGCCGACUCUUGGCCAUCGUUCAGCUCUGCGAUGCUCUCAAUCAGGACCUCGUGCCCAACGGCAAGCCCUACAAGCUGAUCGACGGCGAGCUAGAGAGUACCAUGCAGGAAAAGAUCGCAGAGACCAAGGAUCUGCUUAGUAAGAGGCUACCUUCGUACAUGAUACCGUCCAUGUGGCUUGCCGUCGAGUUUAUCCCUCGUCUCCAAUCUGGGAAACUUGACCGGAAGCAAACAGCAAAAUGGGUCGAUAGCAUGAGCGAGGCUCUGUAUCGACAACUGAACCCUGUAGCAGUCGUUCAGCGCUCGGGAGAUCUUAAGUGCGAAAACAAGAUUGAGCUGGAGCUACAUAAGAUCUGGACGUACGUCUUGAACCUCAAAGAAGAACAGCUUGGCCUUACACAAUCCUUCCUCAGUGUCGGUGGCGACUCCAUUUCAGCGAUGCAAGUUAUGAGCGAGUGCAAGAAACGUGGCCUCGGCCUGGCAGUCUCGCAUAUCAUCAAUUGCAAGUCCAUCAGCGCACUGGCACUACAGGUUAAGGAUAUUGAGAGGCCUGCGCUUCUGCACGAGAUGGUCGAAACACCCUUUGACCUCUCGCCUAUCCAGAAGCUCUACUUCUCGAGGCCCAACUACGAUCAGGGUCAUUACAAUCAGAGCUUUCUCCUCCGGACGAGCCAACGAAUCCAUGAGUCAGAUCUGCGCAAGGCAAUGGAGACUCUUAUUUCCAGGCACUCGAUGCUCCGUGCGAGGUUCCAGCAGGAUGUCAGUGGAGAGUGGCAACAACGCAUCACCAACGACUGUACGUCCUCAUACCGACUGCGUGCCUUGAAACUGGCUUCGCAAGAGGACGUCGAUCACUCGCUUGUCGAUAGCCAGACUUGCCUGGAUCCUGUACACGGUCCACUUGUCGCUGCUGAUCUUAUUGAUCGAGGGGCAGAAGAGCAGCUCUUGUUCGUCGUGGCGCAUCAUCUGGUCAUUGACCUUGUUUCAUGGAGGAUCAUCCUCCAAGAGCUCGAGGAGAUAUUACUCCGCCCAGAAGCUGUGCGCGAUACAGAUCGUCCACUCCCGUUUCAGGUCUGGUGCAAGAUGCAGUCCGAGCAUGCUCACGCCCAGACCCGAGACCAAGUACUGCCAAUCCAUGGCAUUCCUGAAGGAGACGCCGAGUACUGGGGCAUGACGAACGUUCCCAAUAUCUAUGGGCAAAUGGCUCGUCAAGGCUUUGAAAUCGGGCCGUGCCAGACAUCUCUCCUUGUAUCCAAGUGCCAUGACGCCCUACGCACAGAGAUCCCAGAUGUUCUCAUGGCAGCGAUGGUGUAUUCCUUUGGCCAGAUAUUCACGGACCGUCCAAUCCCAGCCGUGUUUGCAGAAGGCCACGGCAGAGAAGUCUGGGACAGCUCAAUCGACUUGUCAAACGUGGUAGGAUGGUUCACUACCAUUUACCCCGUCUUUGCUGGAUCAGAUUCACAGUCCAGCCUCAUCGAUACAGUCAAGAUGAUCAAGGACGCAAGGCGCAAAGUUCCUGAUAACGGUAGGCCUUACUUUGCGAGUCGCUGGCUAACAAAGGAGGGUAGAGAAGCCUUUUCUCGCCACUGGCCUUUGGAGAUCACCUUCAACUACCUCGGCCAGUACCAGCAACUGGAGCGUGAGGGUGCUCUUUUCACUCCUGAGAGCAAUAUCGCCGGCGAGAUUAGAGAGGCUAGCCAAGGUGCAGACGUCGGGCCUCUGACAGCUUGCAUCUCCAUAUUUGAGGUGUCCGCCGUCCUAGUCAAGGGAUCUCUCCGUUUCUCAUUUGGGUUCAAUCAGAACAUGAAACACCAACCGCAGAUCCGCCAGUGGAUUUCCUGCUGCGAGCAGAGUCUUGGCGAAGUCAUUACAUCUCUGGCCUCAAUGGCACCUGAGCCUACUCUAAGCGAUUUCCCGCUCCUCUCCCUGACCUACGAUCGUCUGAGGGUAUUCACAGAGGAGAAGCUGCCCGAGGCUGGGAUCACAGACGUGAACUUUAUUCAAGACGCGUACCCUUGCUCUCCGAUGCAGUCCGGGCUCUUGGUCAGUACCACAAGGGAGAACGCUGCUUACGCUGCCUACACGUUCCACGAGGUCAAGAGCAAGAGCGGCGAGACAGUGGAUGUGGUAAAGCUUAUCACAGCUUGGAAACGCAUGGUUCAGUACCAUACUAUUCUCAGGACGAUCUUCUUGGAGAGCGUGACGUUGGAGGAUUCCAUCUACGACCAAGUAGUGCUCAAAGAAGUUCAAGUGCCAUUCACUGUGUUUGAGAGCGGUACAGACGACGAGGCACUUGCGGCGCUGAAAGUUCCUACGAACCACGGCGACAACGCAUCCCGGCUGUUACACCAUUUCCACGUCUGUACAGCAAAGAGCGGCAAGGUCUUUUGCAGGUUGGACAUCAGUCAUGUCAUCAUGGAUGGCACUUCGCUGUCAAUCCUCUUCCGCGACCUUGCCCUUGCAUAUCAAGGAAGUCUCAAGGCUGAGACAGGCCCGCCGUAUCGCGAUUACAUCAAAGCCUUGCAAAGCCAGCCGGUUCAACCCGGCAUCGACUAUUGGAAGACUUAUCUGGCUGGUAUCGAGCCGUGUCUUUUCCCUGUCCUGGACGAUGGGGAAAUUGCGGAGGUCAAGGAGCUGAGACACUUGAGGGUCAGAUUCGACGAGGUCGCUGAGUUGCAGAACCUUUGUGAGCGCCAGGGAGUCACGAUUGUCAACGCCAUCUAUGCUGCCUGGGCAGUCACGUUGCGUUUAUACACUGGCUCUGAUGAGGUUUGCUUUGGCUAUCUGACAUCGGCUCGUGAUCUGCCGAUCGAAGGUAUCCGUGAUACCGUCGGUCCCAUCAUCAACAUGGUCACAUGCCGUGUCAACGUUGACAGUACGACUAACUUCGGAGACAUCAUGAGCUCAGUGCAGAGGGACUAUCUCGACAGUCUAGAGUACCGUCACACUCCCCUGGCUCAGGUCCACCACGCACUUCAGCUGUCCGACGCCGUUCUGUUCAACACGGCCUUGUCGUACAGAAAGCUACCGCCAACCCCGCAGACGGACCUUGUUUUCGAGGAAUGCUGCCCUACCUAUGACCCCGAUGAGUACAACGUGUCAGUCAACGUCGAAGCAGGGGAGAGAGACAUGGCCAUCGACUUGAUGUACUGGUCUGAUACUCUGUCGGACGGACAGGCUUCCAAUGUUGCUAGCACUUUUACAAAGGCGCUCAGCAAUAUUCUACGUCAUUGCGACCAGCCCCUUGCUCAGCUCGACCAUUUAGGUUCUUGGCAUAGCAACCAGAUCUGCCGAUGGAACCAACGGAUCCCCGAAGCCAUUGAAUGCUGCAUCCAUGACCUGUUCAAGCAGCAGGUUGCCGCACGUCCCGACAGCCCCGCGAUUGUCUCAUGGGACAUGGACUUUACCUAUGCCGAGCUUGAUAGCGCCUCCGACAAGCUGGCCCAUCACGUCAGUUCCUUAGGCGUCGGCCUGGAAACCUUUGUGAUGGUCUGCUUCGAGAAAUCUGCAUUUGCCAUAGUUUCGAUGCUGGCCAUCCUCAAAGCUGGUGGUGUAUGCGUCCCUCUGGACCCAGCACACCCGGAUGCGGCGCUUCGACUUCGCGCCGAGGAUACAGGGGCUACUAUCGCCCUCGUAUCUCCCUCAGUAGUGUCCAAGCUCAGCUCCAUCGCCAAGACAACGGUGGGUGUGGACGCAGAUCUACUUCAAACUAUCUCAACGGCACUUGAACCACCUCUUCCCCAAGUCACACCUCACAACGCCUGCUUCGUUAUUUACACGUCCGGUAGUACAGGGCGUCCCAAGGGUGUAGUGCUAGAGCACAGAGGAAUAGCCAGCAAUGCCAUGCACUCAGGCCCCAAGCUAGGCUACGGCCACGACUCGAGGGUUUUGCAGUUCGCUUCGUACACAUUCGAUAAUAGUCUUGCCGAAAUUUUCAGCACCAUCAGCCUGGGAGGCUGCGUAUGCGUACCUUCUGAUCAUGAGAGGCUGAAUGACUUGGCCGGAGCAAUUAAUAGGUAUAGGGUCACAUUAGCUGAUAUAACACCCACGGUGGCUUGCUUCCUCAAGCCGUCAGAAGUCCCGACCCUGAAGACUCUGGCUCUUGGAGGUGAAGCCGUGACUGCCAAGUGUGUUGGCAUCUGGCGCGACUUUGUGUCUCUGCGGUGCUGCUACGGGCCGUCUGAAUGCUCCGUCAACUCGACCUACAGUGGCGACAUCGCCCAGCCAGGGAAAGCCAGCAACAUUGGCCGUGCCAUUGGUAGCGUCGCUUGGGUAGUCGAUGCAACCGAUCAUAACCUCCUCAUCCCAAUCGGUUGCGUAGGCGAGCUCCUCAUCGAUGGUCCUAUCGUGUCUAGAGGCUACUUGAACCUGCCAGAGAAGAUGGCACAGUCUUUUGUUCCUCCACCCGCCUGUAUCGAGGGAAUGACUGAGAACGCUAGACUGGAUCGCAAGCUCUACAAGACCGGAGACCUUGUGCGCUACAAUUCUGACGGCACCCUUACUUACUUGGGGAGGAAAGAUACCCAGGUCAAGCUCAACGGCCAGCGCAUUGAACUUGGAGAGAUUGAGCACCACAUCGAGGAGAAUCUUCCCAAGGGCUGGGAAUCUGCCGUGGAGCUUAUCACAUCACAGGGCAGAAAAUUGCUCGCCUGCUUUAUUUGUGCUGAUGCCGAUAUUUCCCUCCGAGAAACAAGCGAUGAGAGCAUGGUACUCGAUAUGGACCAGACUUUGAGAUCUCUUGCAAAAGACCUCGAGAUUGUGCUGUUCAAUGCAGUUCCUGCCUAUAUGGUCCCAUCCGCGUGGCUUCCCGUCUCCAAGAUGCCCCUUACUUCGUCGGGCAAGCUGAAUCGGCGCAGCCUCAGGGUCUUGGGAGAGUCGGUUCCGGCAGCGAAGAUGAAGUUGUACAAGCUUGCUCUCAAGAGUGGCAGAGCGCCGUUUAGUGAAGUGGAGAGACAGCUGGCUGCUAUGUGGGCUCAGCUGCUGAACAUCGACGUGGCGUCUAUUGGAGUCCAAGAUCAUUUCUUCAAGCUUGGAGGAGAUUCAAUCGGGGCCAUGCAACUCGUGACGCUUGCUCGAUGCUCCAACAUCGACUUGACAGUGGCCGGGGUGUUUCAGAAGCCAUCCCUACUGGAUAUGGCGGAGUCCGCGGUGCCAUUAUCGAAGGCCCCAACCACGACAUACCAGCCGUUCUCGUUGUUGUCUGGCGAAUAUUCGGUCAAUGCGUUGCGACAAAUUGUUGCUGACUCUGCUCGUAUCGAGGUCGGUGAUGUUCAAGAUAUCUAUCCUUGUUCCGCAUUGCAAGAGGGUCUCAUGGCUCUCUCGACUAAGGAGCCUGGAGCUUAUGUGGCCCAACUCAUCUAUCGAUUGCCAGCCGACAUAGACACCAUUAGGUUCCAGGAGGCUUGGAGCAUCGUGGUGGAGGCUGAGCCAACCCUAAGAACGAGGAUUGUUCAUGAACAUGCUGGGUUCGUGCAGGUCGUUGUUGCCGGGGAAAUACCCCAAUGGUCCACCUUUGCCAGCCUCUCCGAUGCCGACACGAUUCGACGCCAGCUUCCGCUCCAUAAUGGCGCGAGAUUGACCAACUACGGUCUCGUUGACGAUGGCUCUACAGGCAAAUGCUUUGUAUGGACUAUCCAUCAUUCCAUCUAUGAUGGCUGGUGUCUUCCUCUCAUCCUCGACAAGGUCAAGCGAUGCUAUCAUGACGAUUUGAGUUCCACGCAACUCAAGAGCCCCGACUACUCCAACUUUAUCAAGUACCUUACAGACCUGGACCCGACUCAAGACGCCGACUUCUGGAAGUCCUAUCUUUCCAAUAUGUCCGCCCAGCACUUCCCACGUCUUCCCAACGCCGAUUACCAGUCUUCCGCAACGAGCCUGAUGGUUCACAAGGCAACAUUGGGGAGCACAUCGGGAUCAGAGAUCACUACUGCUACUAGAAUCCGCACAGCCUGGGCAAUGGCGGUCUCUACCUACUCUGGAACCAGCGACGUCGUCUUUUGGGAAACCAUGACAGGGCGCGAUGCUCCUGUGGUUGGAAUCGAGGAAAUGGCGGGUAUCACGUUGGCGACUGUACCAACACGUGUAGUUACUGAGCCCUCAAAGACCGUUGCUGAACUCCUUGCCUCUGUGCAGGAUCGCUCAGCAGCUGUGAGAAGGCAUCAAUUCGCUGGCAUCCAGUCCAUCAGGAACAUCAGCGCUGAUACGGCCCUUGCUUGCGGCGCUCAGAACCUCUUGGCCAUCAACUAUGGACCUAGAGAGUCGACGGAUGCUUUUUGGUGCGAGCAGUCUAAUGAGAUGGCUGGUACUAAUUUCUACUCGUCAUACCCGCUCAUGCUCUCGUGCCACUUUGCAGAUGGCGAGCUAGAGACUGUCGUGCAUUUUGAUCAGAACGUGAUACCUGAGCCUCAGAUGCAGCGCAUCAUGGAUCACUUUGCACUCAUGUUGGAGUCCGUUUCAUCUUCUGAGCUGUUGGAUGAGAAACUUGGAGGUAUACCUUUGUUGAGCUCUAAUGACUACCAGAUGCUGCAGGAUAUGAACCGUACUCCGCCUCCCCCCUUCGAGGGGCUUAUCCACGACGCUAUCAGGGAUCAGACAUUAGCCCAAGUACAAGACAAACUCGCUGUCGUGUCGUGGGACCGGAACCUCACAUACGCGGACCUGGACUCUCAAUCUACACGUCUUGCUGGUGUCAUGAUCGAAAAUGGCGUUUCAGUGCAUUCUAUUGUUCCUUUCUGCAUGGACAAGUCAUCUUUGGCUGUUGUUUCCAUCCUGGCCAUUCUCAAAUCGGGUGCUGCCUUUGUGCCUCUCGACCCAGCGCACCCUGAUGCUCGCAUCAAGGGCAUUCUCGCCGAUACUGGCGCCACAGUAGUCCUAUCCUCCGACCAGCAUGCUGAGCGCUUGAUGAAGCUCGGAUCGCAAAUCAUCUCCGUCUCGCAAGCUUUGGCAGACGAUAGUGCCCUGGGUCAAGACGACCCAGCCAAGCACGCAGCUCCAUCCUUGUCUGCCAACAGUCCAGCUUACAUCAUCUUCACAUCCGGCACAACUGGAAAGCCCAAGGGAACCAUUGUUGACCACUCAGCAUUCUGCACUGGCGCGUAUGCACACGGUCAAGCCAUGGACAUGACAGAAUCGUCGCGCGUCAUGCAAUUUGCCUCCUAUACAUUUGACGCCAGUAUCAUGGAGAUCCUCACCACGCUUAUUCACGGCGGCACAGUUUGUGUGCCAAGUACCGACGAGCGUCUCCACGAUCUCGCGGCCCAGCUGCUUCAGCCAUCGCAUGUCCCUGGUCUCGAAACACUGGUGCUCGGAGGUGAGGCGAUGUCCUCUGUCCAUAUCUCUUCGUGGGCGUCGUCUGUUCGUCUUAUGAACGCUUAUGGACCCAGUGAGACUGCCGUGGUAGCUGCUGUGAACCCCAGUGUUACGCUGGAUUCUUCUCCCUCGAAUAUUGGUCAUGCAGUGGGUGGUAUCUGCUGGGUCACUGAUGCCGCCAACCAUGACAGACUCAUGCCUGUCGGCGCUGUGGGCGAGCUCGUGAUAGAAGGCGCCAUCCUCGCUGAAGGGUAUCUGAAUGACCCCGAGAGAACGGCAGAAUCCUUCAUCACCAAUCCGAAGUGGUGUCAACAGUUCCCAACCGCGGCUGCAGGCAUAGAACGCAAGUUUUACAAGACGGGAGACUUGGUCAAGCUUACUGAGGAUGGGAUUGAGUUCCAUGGACGCAAGGAUGAUCAAGUCAAAGUCAACGGUCAAAGAAUCGAGUUAUCUGAGAUUGAACAUCAUCUGAGCGCGGACCCUGCCGUCGAGUCGUGUCUGGCGGCUGUUCCAGCUUCCGGCCCAUCCAAAGCCCGCCUGGUAGCCAUCAUAUCCCCCAACUAUCUUGCUGUCAUCAGAGGAGAAAUGACGGGAGAUGAAGAGAUGCAGAUCGUGCACAAAUAUGCUCCGUCCCUCUUGGUGGGCAUUCGUGAGGGUCUUGCAAGGCAUCUGACAUCAUACAUGAUCCCAUCUCUGUGGAUUGUUGUAAACCAUCUUCCCCUACUCCCCUCUGGUAAGCUUGACCGUAGGCGCGCCGUGCGAUGGGUCGAGGAUAUGACUCUUGAACAAUACCACCUCGUUCUUGACGCGCAGGAAGAGGCGUCCGCUCUGGAUAGAGAACCAUCGGAAGUGGAGAUCAAGCUUAGGGCUGCUUGGGCCAAGGCUCUCAAUCUCAAGGUCGACAUGGUUCCGUUCAAGCAGUCGUUUAUUCACCUCGGCGGUGAUUCGAUAUCCGCCAUGAAGCUUAUGGCCAUUUGCCGCUCCUCCAACAUGGCUGUAACUGUCAGCCAGAUCAUGCGAGCCAAGUCCAUCAUCGACCUUGCCUCUACUGUCACGAACGUCGAGGACGUCACUUAUGAUGAAGAACAACUGGAGAAACCUUUUGAACUCUCACCUAUUCAAAAGGUUUACUUUGAGAGUAUUGGCCUGGGUUCUCACCACUUCAACCAGAGCAUGACUCUGGCUACCAGCCGCAACAUCACCUCACAGGAGCUGUCGAAUACGUUGCACUGUAUCGUCAAGAUGCAUAGCAUGAUGCGUGCUCGUUUUUCGCAGAUCGAUGGCAACUGGACCCAGCGGAUUACCAGCGAUAUAGCUGGCUCCUAUACCCUCCGUUCACACGGCAUGGUUGACGAGAAGCGUCUCUUGGAGUUGGUCAUGGAGCGUCAGACUACCCUAAACAUUGUUGAUGGACCGAUAUUUGCUGCCGACAUAUUUGAGAUGGAGAAUACUGGCAACCAGAUCGUCACAUUCGUGGCUCAUCACCUGAUUGUCGAUGUCGUGUCUUGGAACAUCAUCGUACAGGAUCUAGAAGGGCUUUUGUCAGCAUCUCUCCACAGCCCAGCGAAAUCAUUCUCCUUCCAGACUUGGAGUUCCAAACAACACGAAGAAGCUCGGAAGGCUUCUCUGGAGCGUUCAUUCCACGACAUUCCAGUCCCUCUACAGGAUCACCGAUACUGGGGUAUGGAAGGCGUACCGAAUCUCCAUGGCGACUCAAUCACAAAGACUAUGACGAUACCCACUGGCACAUCAAACCUGCUCUCAGGUAGCAGUCAUGAUGUUGUUGACGUCUUGCUAGCAUCACUGUUAGCAUCCUUCCGCCAAACAUUUCCAGACCGGUCUUCGAUACCCCCCAUAUUCAACGAGGGUCAUGGAAGAGAGCCUCCUGAUGACAGUCUGGAUUUAUCACGUACCGUUGGAUGGUUCACCACUCUCUGUCCUGUCUUCCUCCCGGAAGCUCUUCCCGCUGAGCAUGACAUCCUUGAUGUAGUGUGCUGGAUACGCGACUUUCGGAGAAAGCUUCCCGGCAACGGUCGACCGUACUUUGCUCAUAGCAUGUUACCUGACUCGAAGUCCCAGAUCGAAUUCCCAGUGGAAAUUGCCUUUAAUUUCCUUGGUCAUAUACAGGACUUUGGAACUGUGGACUCCGUGUUCAAAUCUGUCGAUGGAAACAUGUUGAACUCUUUGAGCUCGCUGUCUGACAUUGGGGCCAACAUCCCACGAUUAGCCCUCAUCGAGAUUUCUGCCUCUUUCACUAACGAAGGGCUAACCUUUGACUUUUCCAUCAACCGCCACAUGCACAACCAGUCGUCUAUCAGCAGAUGGACUCAGAGCUGUAGGGACUAUAUACACCGAGCAGCCCAAAGUUUAUCCCAGGUUAUACGAGAGCCAUCCCCGGAUCUGUCUUUGCUUCCUCUGGCCUUCAAGAAGGAGUCCCAGGUUAAACAGAGUCUCGAUGAGGUGGGCAUCACUCUUGACAAUGUUGAAGCAGUAUAUCCAUGCUCCUCUGUUCAGCAGGGCAUCCUCUUGUCCCAGAUCAAGGACCCUGGAUACUACUCUUACUCGAUCGCAUUUUCGGUUACAUCCAUACGACCAGGCGAUGUGGUCGACGUAAAGCGGCUAUCAGACGCGUGGAAGCGUGUGGUCCAUCGCCAUUCUACGCUUCGGACCGCCUUUAUGGACAGUCUGCUACAGGAGGGCGCUAUAAGUCAGGUUGUUCUAAGGAAUCACGAUAUCAAUGUUGCCAUCAUUGAAUGUCCCGCCACAGAGGUAGACCAGAGGCUCAGUGAACAUUCACCACUCGGCCUUCCUACAAACCACCCACCUCACCGUUUCACAAUCUUCAACACCGCAGGGGAUAAGGUGCUGUGUAUUCUUGAAAUGAGUCAUGCCAUCUCCGAUGGAACCUCUAUGCCUAUUCUGUUCCGCGACCUUGGCUUGGCGUACGAGGGCAGCCUGGACACUACCAACCUUGCAGUUUACAGGGACUACGUCUCCUUCUUGCAGCAGAGCGGGGGCUCUCAGGACGCCAAGUACUGGAAAGAGUAUUUGGACGGAGCUGAGCCUUGUUGUCUGCCUCUGCUAACUGACGGGGCUACAGGGCCCAGGACUCUUCGAACUCUUGCUCAAGGUAUCUCGCAUGCUGCCGAGCUUCAAGCGCUCUGCACCGAAAGAGGUAUCACUCUAUCCAACCUGCUACAACUGGCUUGGGCACUGGUCCUCCAAGCAUACACAGGCCUUGACGAUGUUUGUUUCGGUUAUCUCGUCGCUGACAGAGACGUUCCCGUCAGUGGCAUUGACGAGGCAAUUGGCGUAUUUAUCACUAUGCUCGUCUGCCGAGUCCGCCUCGAUCCAUUCGCCAGCCUCGACAUUGUUCUUCAAGCCAUUCAGGAGGACCUCGCCACGGCUAUGAACUACAAGAAUGUCUCGCUUGCCAGCUUCCAGCACGCCAUGGGUAUCUCCAACGAGCCUCUCUUCAACACCGCCUAUUCCUUCCAGCGUAGAUCAGUCUCCAAAGACAUGGCAACCGGUGCCAUCUCGUUCGACGUCAGAGAUGCGCAGGACCCUAGCGAAUACGACAUGACUGUCAACGUCGAAGUGUGGGACUCAAAUGUCGAGCUCCAGUUAUGCUACUGGCAAGACAAAGUCUCAGACGCGCAGGCCGCCAACAUUGCUUCUACAUUCGACCAGGUCCUUUCCUCAAUGGCGCGAUGUGACACGGCAAUUCCGGUAGGCCAACUGAACAUUCUCAGUGACCAUGGUAGACAGCAGUUGAUUUCGUGGAACAAUGCCGAGCCCGAGGUGUUGAACGAAUGUGUGCACCACGUCUUUGAGCACAACUGUCAACGACUACCUGACCAUACACCCGCUAUCGACGCAUGGGAUGCCACCUUUACCUACCCUGAACUUGAUGCAGCGGCUUCGCGAUUUGCUCAGUACCUCGUCUUUCUCGGCGUCGGGCCCGAGAUGUAUAUCCCGCUUUGUUUCGAAAAGUCAGCAUGGACCGUCGUUGCCAUGAUGGCAGUCUUGAAGGCCGGCGGCGCCUUUGUUCCUCUGGACCCUACUCAUCCGCCCGAUCGUAUCAGGUUCUUGGUCAGUAAUGUUGACGCCAAGCUGAUCAUCUGCUCCACGUCCCUGAAGACCAAAUUCGAGAGCCUAGACCUACCGGCUAUUCCUCUUGGCAAGGAGACUAUGUCGUUGCUGCCCCCCGUGUUGCCAGGUUCGCCCAGAGUCACGGUUCGGCCUGAAAAUGCUGCCUACAUCAUCUUCACCUCAGGAACGACAGGCGUUCCCAAGGGUACGAUAAUCGAGCAUGCAUCCUUCACCACUGGAGGUACCGCUCACGCCAAGGCUAUCAUGAUGACAUCAACCUCUCGUGUGCUGCAGUUCGCGUCGCACACAUUCGAUGCCAGCGUCAUGGAGAUCCUCUCCACCUUGUUAGUAGGCGGCUGUAUCUGUAUCCCCAGCGACCAAGACCGCAUGAACGACUUGACAGGCGCCAUUACCAAGUUUAACGUGAACUGGACUCUGCUUACGCCAUCUGUCGCAAGCAUUCUCAAGCCGGGCAGCCUUCCUACUCUCAAGGUCCUCGUCACCGGCGGCGAAGCCAUGUCAAGAGACCACAUUACGAAAUGGGCUGGCCACGCCACUCUGAUCAACGCUUACGGCCCCAGUGAGACGUCUGUUAUCGCUGCAACGAGCACGAAGGUUGAUCAUGACGGAAGCAUCCUCAACAGUGACUCCGCUACUAUCGGUAAUGCUGUUGGUAGUCGCUGCUGGGUUGUCGAUGGGCGAAACCACAAUCGCCUUAUGCCAGUCGGCAGCAUCGGUGAACUACUCGUGGAAGGGCCCAUUGUGUCCAGAGGCUAUCUUGGCAACGAGACAAAGACAAAGGAGGCAUUCAUCGAACCUCCAUCAUGGCGUCAAGGCAUGAAGCUUGAGGGAGAUGGCAUAGGUCGUCUGUACAAGACUGGUGAUUUGGUCAUGUACAACUCGGAUGGAUCUCUCAAGUACGUGUCGCGCAAGGACACACAGAUCAAACUCAAUGGACAACGUAUAGAGCUUGGCGAGAUCGAGUAUCAUGUUCAAGCCAACGUACCAAACCACAUUCAAGCCGCUGUUGAUAUAGUUGUUCCGCAGAGCAAGACGUCAACCAAGGCACUAGCCGUCUUCUUUACCAGUGACGAUGAUGUCGAGGAUACUUUUACCCACGAUGUUGACCCACUUCUAGCAAGCAUGUCGAGUGCUUCAACUGAACUUGCCCAGUCUCUCAAGUCAGCCCUCAGGAAUGCUCUACCAUCGUACAUGGUCCCUACCAUCUACAUCCCACUGUCAAAGAUGCCAUUGACCUUGGCUGGGAAACUCGAUCGCCAGAGACUCAAGGUUAUUGCCAAGUCUAUACCACCUCAGCUCAUGGCUUCCUAUAAGCUCUCUGGGACGGCUCGAACUGGGAACCUCCCUACCACGGCGAUGCAGCGCAAGCUACAGAAAGCCUGGGCCACAGUGUUGAACAUUCCUAUCGACCAGAUCAGCAAAGGCGAUAGCUUCUUCAGACUCGGUGGUGAUUCAGUCGACGCCAUGAAGCUCGUUGCGGCGUCCAGGACGGAAGGCGUUGUCAUCACCGUCAUGGCCAUCUUCAACAACCCUGUCUUGUCAGACAUGGCCAUGUCAUGCAAACACUCGGACGAAACUCCUGUCUCAAUCGUAGACCCGUUUUCGCUUCUUUCAGACGUUGAAGACCCUUCGUUGCUUCUGCACGAGGUUGCAGGUCGGUGCGGCGUGCAGGAGAGCCAGAUCCUGGAUGUCUACCCUUGUAGCUCUCUCCAAGAGGGUCUUGUUGCCUCGUCCUUGCAGCAGCCUGGUGCAUAUGUCGCGAGGUAUGUUUUCGAGCUUCCCUUGGACAUCUCCAUCGAUCGUUUCAAGCUGGCUUGGCAGAAUACCGUUGACCGAGUCGACAUUUUGAGAACGCGUAUCGUGAACACCCUCUCACUUAAGUCCUACCAAGCUGUCCUUGCGCCCCACGAAAUCGAGUGGGAGAAUCAUGACGAUCUCGAGUCUGCCACUACCAAGGCUGGAUCGGUACCUGAGCACAACGGAGGAGCUUUAGCCCGCUACAGUAUCGUUAGCUCGCCUGGUGAUGGGCCUUGCCACUUUGUAUGGGUCAUCCACCACGCGCUAUACGAUGCGUGGAGUAUGCCCUCUCUACUCAAGCUAGUAUCUCAGUUCUACCAUGGAGACACUGCCCAUGAGCCCGUGGUCGAAUACGCCAACUUUAUCAAGUACCUAGCCGACAUUGACGCUGAGGCUUCUGACGACUUUUGGAGAGCUAGGUUCCAAGAAGCCUCCUCCGUAUCUCAUUUCCCUAAAGUCUCUUCUGCACCAGCCGCGCAAUCAUGUCAUGAGUCUUUGACACAUACGAUCCAGUACAGCAGAAACGGACUUGGAAUGGACAUAACGAUCCCAACAAUCGUCCGCGCAGCAUGGGCGCUUGUCCUGGGGUCUCAAACUGGAGCUGACGAUGUCGUCUUCGGCGAGACCCUGUCUGGACGUGACAUUGCCCUCGAUCAUGUACAAGACAUUCUUGGACCUACAUUAACCACGGUGCCUUCAAGAGUUCAGAUCGAUCGCAACAGUACCAUUGGCGACUUAUUGAAGAGUCUUCAUGCACGAGCCACGCAGGUAAUCCCCCAUCAGCAUGCGGGCCUCCAGCGCAUCAGACGUUUAGACGAUGCCAUAGCAGUCGCUUGUGACUUCCAGAACUUGCUGGUCAUACAGUCAUCCGACCAAGGAACGGGCCAGAAUGACCUGUUGAACCCGAUCCAAGACGAGGUGGGUCAGCAAAGUUUCUUCACAUAUCCCCUUGUUGUCGAAUGCUCCAUCGAGGCGCACGAGCUCGUCUUGACUAUUCACCACGACAACAAGGUCGUUUCGAGUUGGCAGACGCAGCGCAUCGCCCAGCAGUUCGAGACGCUGGUAGAACAACUCACGGAUCUAUCGCUUCGGCAACCUACUCGUAAGGUAUCGGAACUUCGGCUCUAUGGCCAAGAGGACGUGGAGAUGAUCAGAGGAUGGAACAGCCGAGUUCUUGAGACUUCAGAAGAGAGCAUUCCCGACUUGUUCUGGCAGUCAGUAGCAACAAAUGGUAACGACACCGCCAUUCACGCCUGGGACGGUCAACUCAGCUACGAUGAUCUUGCUCAACACGCCUCGCACCUCGCCAGGAUACUCAUGCAAAAGGGUGUACGCGCUAAUGAACUGGUUCCAUGCUGUAUGGAUAAAUCUCUCUGGACGACAGUCUCGAUGCUCGCUGUGAUACUCACCGGCGGCGCCAUCGUUCCCUUGGACCCUGCGCAUCCUUCUGCGCGCCAUGCCGAGAUCACCCGCGACUGCAAGGCCCGUGUUGCGUUGUGCGCUCCGCAAUAUUCAGAGCGCUUUCAGGGCCUUGUCGAGUCUGUUGUCUUGAUCGAGGCUGAGCUUUUCACUAUGCAGCUACCUUGUCAACAUGUUUCUGUGCAUGAUCUGCCAGCCGUCGCACCUCGAGAUGCCGCGUUUGUCAUCUAUACCUCCGGCAGUACCGGAAAGCCGAAAGGAGUGGUCAUUGAACAUGCUUCGGGAGUACUCCAUUUUGCGUCCUAUGCAUUCGACAUCGCAAUCGGAGAGACGUUCGCUCCACUCACCAUUGGUGCCUGUGUCUGCGUUCCCAGCGAGGAUAUGAGAAUUACCGAUCUUGCCGGUUCCAUGAACACCCUCGGGGUCACCUGGGCAUUCCUAACCCCCUCACUCGCAAAUCUACAGGACCCCUCCAAGUUCAAGACAUUGCAGACACUGAUCUGUGGAGGCGAGAAUCUGACCACCGAAACGAUCAGUGCCUGGGGAGACAAGGUAGAGCUGAUGAAUGGCUACGGGCCAGCUGAGUGUACCAUGUUUGCGGUUGCAAACAGUUCUGUUUCUACCAAGGACCCCGCGAAUAUCGGCCACGCCAUGGACGGGAACCACACUUGGGUCGUCGAUCCGAGAGAUCACAACUGCCUUGUCCCUGUGGGAUGUGUAGGAGAGCUUCUCAUCAGCGGGCCCAUUGUGGCCCGCGGGUAUUUGAACGACAGGGAUCGGACGGCUGCAUCGUUCAUCAAGGACCCAGCAUGGAUGUACCUUUUCACGAGCGAGCCCGUGCGUCUGUACAAGACUGGCGACUUGGUCAGGUAUUGUCCUGAUGGGUCUCUCGACUAUCUAGGGCGCAAGGAUCACCAGGUCAAGCUUCACGGCCAGCGCAUGGAGCUCGGUGAGAUUGAGGCUUGCCUUGAAUCUGACCCGCGCAUCCGCCAGGUCUUGGUCAAUCUACCACAAUCUGGCAUCUUCAAGGGCCGACUGGUAGCCAUUACUUCUCUCCAAGAUCCUUUGCCCGCCGAGUCAUCCCUUGCUACGUCUGGUUUUGUCCCUAUUCACGAUUCCGCCAUGGAUGCUGCCCGAACACAGAUCUGCGCGCUCCAACACGAUCUCGCCGAGACGCUUCCACCAUAUAUGGUUCCGUCGGUUUGGUUGGCGGUCCGAGCCAUUCCCCUCUUACUAUCUGGCAAGCUCGACAGAGCGAGUGCGAGCAGUUGGCUUGCUGAUGCAGAUGUGGACUUUUGCAAGAUCACCGUCGACUUGGAUCACGGCCAAGAUGCUGUGGACGCGGUAAUGACACCAGCUAGCCAGCAGCUCAGGCGUAUCUGGGCGUCGGUCCUCAACAUUUCAGAGACGGAAACGCCUCUGAACCGUUCUCUUAUUUCUCUCGGCGGCGACUCCAUCAUGGCAAUCCAAAUACUUACGCGCUGCCACGACCAAUCAAUUGCAUUGACUAUGCAGGACAUCUUGAGCGCCAAGGGAAUUUCGGAGUUAGCCACUGUCGUCGCCGCCAAAGAACACCAAGUGCUUGACUUCUACGAGGAAGAUGACGAUCAAGCAUUCGAGCUGUCCCCAAUUCAACGCCUCUUCUUCAACAACAGCAUCGACAGGGACGGUGGAGAUCGCCUCAACCAGAGCCAACUCUUGUCCAUCAGCAGGCCUGUCGACAUAUCUAGCCUCCAAAACGCUCUUGAUGCUAUUGUUGAGAGACAUCCGAUGCUUCGCGCGCGGUUCAACAAGUCCCCUGAUGCGAAGUGGACACAGCACAUCGCCUCACAUAUUCAAGGUUCCUAUGGUUUCAAGAAUCACGGGGUUGCUUCGGAACCUGACAUGAUUCUAAUCGUAGCCGCCAGCCAGAGCAGUAUUGAUGUUUAUGGGCCCGUCUUUGCAGUCGACCUAUUCACACUGUCUGAUGGCUCUCAAGUAUUGUCACUUGUAGCGCAUCAUUUGGUCGUCGACAUCAUUUCUUGGAUUAAUAUCAUCCACGACCUCGAGGCACUACUGACCUCUACCUAUUCGCCAUCUUCCAAGCCCCUCUCGUUCCGCAGAUGGAAUGCUUUACAGAUCAAACAUGUCAAUUCCCUCGACAAUGGUGCAACACUUCUGCCAUUUGCUAUACAACCAGCCGACUUGGAUUUCUGGGGCAUAUCAGAGACUGCCAACGUCUACGGAGACAUGAAACAAAAGUCUUUCGUCAUCACAGAGACUGAUGUCGUCUCCUCCAUACUGGGUGACUCGCACAGAGCCUUCAAGACUGAACCCCUAGAUCUAUUCAUCACGGCAAUUCUCAAAUCCUUUGCACAGAGCUUCGUCGAGCGGGAGCUGCCAACACUGUUCAACGAAGGGCAUGGCCGCGAACCUUGGGAUCAAACGAUUGACCCUUCACAGACUGUCGGAUGGUUCACCUCGCUCUGCCCUGUACACGUAUCACGACAGAGUCUCGAUCACGGCGAUGACAUCGACCAUGUUCGGAGGGUGAAAGAUGUGCGCCGCAGCGUUCCUAGCAAUGGCCGCCCGUACUUUGCCCAUCGCUACCUCACCGAGUCAGGCAAUGACGAACCAAUGGAGAUUUUGCUCAAUUAUCUCGGUCGCACUCAACAAUCAGGCCACGGCAAUUCUCUCUUUAGCACGCUUGACUUUCCAUUCACGGAGCAAGACACUCUCGCUAUUUCCGACGUCGCGCCUGAGACCUGCCGUCUGGCUCUCUUUGAGAUUUCUAUAUCUGUACUUGAUGAGGGCAUUGCCUUCACCUUGAUGUAUAAUCAACACAUGCUUCGCCAAGACGGUAUCGAGAAAUGGGUGUCCAACUGUAAGGAGAUCCUCAUCAAUACUACGAGAAAGCUUGCCGAGACCCCUUCUGCCCCCACACUCAGCGACUUUCCUCUCUUGCCCAUCAGCUACGCGGAUCUGCACGAGAUCAUCACUACACAUCUUCCCAAUGCUCAUGUUUCAUUUGACAUGGUCGAGGAUAUAUACCCAUGCUCCCCUAUGCAGACGGGCAUAUUGCUCAGCCAACUCCUAGAUCCAUCGCAGUAUCUAUUCCACGUUGUCCUUGAAGUUACUCUCCCCAACCGCUCAUUGAUCGAUACUGCAAAGCUCCUCCAGGCUUGUCACAAAGUCAUUGAGCGUCAUCCAGCAUUGAGAACCAUCUUUAUUGAUAGCCUGCGUCAAGGCGGCUCAUUCGAUCAGGUCGUGCUGCGGCCGUUCGAGUCUCGCAUCAGCACGAUCAAGUGUCGGGAGAUCGACGUCAUGGCCGAGCUAAAUUGCAGGUCCCUCGGCGAGACUAAUAAGAGACACGAUGGCCCUAUGCUCCCCUAUCAGAUCACCAUCUGCGAAACACCACAAGGAAAGGUUUUCAUGAAGCUUGAACUGAACCACGCAGUUACCGACGGUGCUUCGACAUCGGUCCUCCUCCAGGAUAUCUCCAACGCAUACACCAACAGCUUGCCUCCAACUCGAGCCCCUUCAUACAAGGAGUACAUCAAAUACAUCUCCAACCAAUCCACAGCAUCCAGUCUUGACUUUUGGAAAGGCUACCUCUCGGGAUCACAACACACCGCGUUCCCUACAAUCAACCCCGACCUAACGGCUCACCGCCGCCUAAAGUCUGUUACUGUCCAUUUCGAUCGUUUCCCAGAGCUACAAUCGCUUGGUUCCAAACUCGGGGUGACAUUCUCCAACAUAGUCAUGGUGGCAUGGGCUUUGCUGCUCGGAGCCUACACAGACCGCCAUGAUGUGUGCUUUGGCUAUCUAGCGUCUGGACGUGAUGCCCGUAUCGAUGGCGUUGAAGGCAUUGUCGGUCCUCUCAUCAACAUGCUCGUAUUCCGCUUCCAGUUUACGCCCGAGACGCUUCUCAAGACACUCUUCCGCAGUGCUCGGCAUGACUACAUGGCCAGUCUACCUCACCAGCAUUUCUCUCUAUCUCGUGUUAGUCAUGCCUUGGGCCAAGCCAAACGGGGCUUCUUCAACACAGCGGUGUCCAUCCAAAACGCCGGUGUAUCAAGUGUCUCCGAGCCCAACUCGCUAACCUACGAAGCUGUUGAAGCCUAUGACCCAAGCGAGUACGCCGUCACGCUCAACGCCAAUGCUACACGAGGUGACGAAGGCAUUGUCUUCCGUUACUGGACCAAUAUAGUUUCAAGCUCACAGGCCCAGGAUCUCGCUGUGAACAUGUCCGAGCUACUAAACGAUUUUAUCGAUCACAGCGAGAGCGCUCUGGCCCACCUUCGACUAUUACAGAGCUCACCGGUGGCUCGCAGCACAUAUACGCAUUCACCCGAGGUUGACGGCUCAACGUCCGAACAUGACGAUGCAAACAACCAACCCAAAACACACAGCUCGGGGAUCAGUGCAUCUUCGACUUUGAUUGACGUUGGCGACGCAGCCUCCAUGUCGUCCAACAUGUGUAACUCAUUCUCCCGCGACAGGAAGCAUCUCCACAACAAACUAUCCGCAUUAUGGAGAGACAGUCUCGAGUAUGAGGGUUGUGCAAUUUCACCUACUGAUAAUUUCUUCGAAUCCGGCGGUGACUCGAUUAUCGCCAUGUCGAUGGUCGGCAAUGCCAGAGAGCUGGACUUGCCGCUCACUGUGGCCGAUAUCUUCAAGAAUCCGGAAUUCGGUUCCUUGUUGGAUUGCCUCAACGAUAAGUCAUACAAGGAUAGUGACAGGGCUUCUAGCUAUGACCACGUGGAUAUCUCGACCUCUAAGAAGGAAAAUUGUAACACCAGUGAACAGCUUUACAAGCCCCUCUGCAUGCUUGACACAGAUGAUGUUGAGCAAUUCGUUCGAAGUCACAUCUGCCCUGUUGUCGGCGUGUCACGAGCCAGCAUUAUCGACGUCCUGCCAACUACCGACUUUCAAGACCAGGCCAUUCACGGAAGCCUUCUCAAGUCACGAUGGCAGCUCAACUACUUCCAUCUGGAUUCUUCAGGCGCGCUUGACAUAGCUCUCCUUCGAGAAAGCAUCACCAAUGUUGUUGCAGCCUACGACAUCUUGCGCACCGUCUUUGUCUAUCAUCAAGGCCGUUACUUGCAGGUCAUCCUCCGACAGGUCCAGCCCACUCUCAUUGUUGAAGACGUUGAGAGCAUAGAUCAAUUUACUUCAGAGCUUAGGUCAGCCUAUCAGCACGAGGUUCCGCAUCCUCAUGAACCCUCCCUCCGCUUCAUAGUAGCGCGACUCAAGUCAUCGGAACGACAUCGGAUCUUCAUCAGGAUAUCUCACGCACAGUAUGACGGUGUAUGCUUCUCAACUAUCCUACAGAGUCUGAAAGGUUCAUGUGAGGGUGAGCCUAUUCAUCCCAUACCCUCAUACGCAAGCUACAUCCAGAGGGUGUUGGGGACGAACAAGCAAGGAUGCUACGCGUACUGGAGGGCCCUUCUGAAGGAUUCCGCUCCCACCAACGUCAUCCAACGACGGCAUAUAUCUUUACAAACAAGCCCUAUCCAGGUCUUGAGAAAGGUCGUUUCUACACUGUCGCUUGCGUCAGUCAACAUCACAACCUCUACUGUCAUCAAGGCUGCCUGGGCCUCAGCAUUGGCGAGAGUCACAGGGAAGACGGACGUCGUUUUCGGCAACAUUAUCAGUGGACGCAAUAGCAGCAAUGUGCCCGGCAUCGAAAGCCUUGUCGGCCCCUGCCUGAACGUUGUUCCCGUACGUGUUCGCCACAAACCCUCAUGGACCGUUCUAGAUCUCCUUCAAUACAUCCAAAACCAGCAGGUGGACAAUAUGCCGUAUGAGACACUAGGCUUCAGGGAGAUCAUCAACAAGUGCACUGACUGGGAUGAUGAUGGAGUCAACGGUUUCUCUACUGUUGUUCAACAUCAGAGUAUGCCGCGGACAGAGAGUUUCACAAUGGGGGGGAACACGUACCAAGUUGGUGUGAUGGCUUCGCAGGAAGACUGUGCUGACUUAAGUGUUGUGACGACGCCUCAAGAUGUCAACAGCACUGAAGUUUGUUUGGUUUAUAAUGGGGAUGGAACUAUAAGCAAGGACUUCGCAGAGCAGAUGUUUGACUUUCUUUGCGAUAGGAUUUCGGUCUUCUCAAAGGAUCCUUAUGCUCUAUUGUAGUAUUCUGGUGUAUCAUGUAUAAGGUUUCCUUUUUCUUUGUUGUUAGUUAUUCUCAGCCUCUCUUUU